AAUGUUUUUGAAGUUUCACUUUCUGCGCACCCGGAACCUUCGAAGGGGAAGAAUUUAACGGUAGGACUCGAACUUGAAAGAUGGCGGACGUACCAGAAAAUGCACCAGAACACUGCCCAGGUACAGCAAGUGAGCAAGCAGGGAAGGCAUCAUCAUGUCAGGGAUGCCCCAACCAGACACUGUGUGCCUCUGGAGCCACAAAAGCCCCAGAUCCAGCCAUUGCGCAGAUAGCAGAGAAGCUUUCAACAGUUAAACACAAGAUCCUUGUGCUUUCUGGGAAAGGAGGAGUGGGGAAGAGCACGUUCAGUGCACACCUGGCCCAUGCUCUGGCGAGUGACAGCACAAAGGAGGUUGCUCUGCUCGAUGUGGACAUCUGUGGCCCAUCCAUUCCUAGGAUCAUGGGCUUAGAGGGAGAACAGGUUCACCAGAGUGGGUCAGGUUGGUCUCCUGUGUAUGUCGAUGACAACCUGGCCGUCAUGUCUAUUGGUUUCCUGCUCAGCAGCCCUGAUGAUGCUGUGAUAUGGCGGGGACCCAAGAAGAAUGGAAUGAUUAAGCAGUUUUUGAGGGAUGUUGACUGGGGAGAACUGGAUUAUCUGAUUGUGGACACACCCCCUGGCACAUCUGAUGAACACCUGUCCAUUGUCCAGUACCUAAGCUCCACACACGUUGAUGGAGCGGUCAUCAUUACCACACCACAGGAGGUGUCAUUGCAGGAUGUGCGCAAAGAGAUUCGAUUUUGUCAGAAGGUCAAGCUGCCAAUCAUCGGCGUGGUGGAGAACAUGAGCGGCUUUGUUUGUCCUAAAUGCAAGAACACUUCGCAGAUCUUCCCUCCCACCACCGGCGGUGCUGAGCAGAUGUGCGCGGACCUUCAUUUACCCCUGUUAGGAAAGGUGCCUCUGGACCCGAGGAUAGCGCGAAGCUGUGAUGAGGGCAAGUCUUUCCUGAACGAAGUACCCGACUCUCCUGCUGCUGAAGUCUACCGGACAAUUGUGCAGAGCAUCCAGGACCACUGCUCCAACCAUGGGACAGAGGAACAGAGCACCACCUGACACUAUGAUGGCAGCCAUGUUGGACCACGUCACAUGAUGUUCGCCUGAUAAACAUGUCUAACUACUCAUUGAGAAACCCAGAAGAACUUAUAUUAUAAAUAUAUAGGAGAGUUUGUAAAACCUCUUUAUCUCAACAUCAUGGUCAUGGGUCUUUGAAAAUAGUGUGUAUUUACAGCAACAGAGCCACAGGAGUGUAUGUAUGAUGGGAAAAAAGUACAGUUUAUAAUAAAAGUAAAUGAAUAUGUCCUUAAA